UCAACAACCUAAUGUUCAAAUGCUUGUUAGGCAAGAAUCAGAUUCUAAUCAAUCAAUAGGACAGCAAAAAAAGAUAAAAUGAACAAUCCAUAAUCUUUUUCCAAUUCAGAGAAUUCCCUCAUCUCCAUUAUCCUAGCACACUUUGGCUCUGAAAGAGAAAAUCUUCCUUUCUUCAUGACUCAGAAGUUGUGUUGCAUGGUGAUGAGGAUAAACAUAGAUUGUAAAGGAUGUUACAUGAAAGUAAGCCGGGCACUUCUCACUAUACCAGAGCUGGAGACAAGAUUCAUAGAGAAAAGUCACAGCAGAGUAAUUGUAUGUGGGAACUUUGUGCCACAAGAUGUUGCCAUAAAAAUAAGAAAGAAGACAAAUAGGAGGGUUGAAAUAUUGGAGAUACAAGAUUUAAGUACUGUCAAAGAUGAUGAAAAGCAAGAGCAAAUGCCCUUAGUAACCUCUUGUGACAACCACCAAGGGCAAGGUGAAGCAGAAACAUAUGUAACAUCACAAAAUCCACAACCACACACGUACUUUCAAGUUUACCGCUAAUGCGAGGAUAGACCAUGGUAGUCCGGCCAUUCUCCAGACCCCAUUUAUAGUGAAAGUUUUAGUGCACCGAGUUGCCUUUUGUAAAAACAUAAUUUUCUCACUUUUUUAAAUUUCUUUCUCUCUUAGAAUUGAUUUCUAGUGCCCACGGGGUUUAGAUCUUUCAAUUUUGUUGUCUAAUUAUUGAUUUAUUGUGGAUUGACACUAGUGCAAUUGAUUUUUAGUUUUUAACUC